AUUUAACACAGUUUUCUACGUAACCUUGAAACGAUAAUUUCUUUAGUUCACUGUUAUGUUUUAUGUUCGUGUACUUGACGUGAGAAAUUGUUGAUAACUUUAUAUAAAAUUUUAACAUUUAAUUAGACCGAAUUAUUCUAAUAUUUUAUAUAGGAAUUACUUUGAUUAUCUAGAUUGUGAAAAAUACUGUUAGUUGGGACUUAAGUGUUGAAAUUUAGGUGGGUCAUAUGUAAAUAAUUUAGAAUUCUUGUUAUAUGAGUUUGAAAUUAUUGGUUUAUGUUGCACACCCUGCAACCGCACCCAUUAUCCACUGUACGCAAAAUUUGCAGAGGGCAGCACUUUCUGAAACGUUUGUUUGUAACAAAUAGAAAGGAAAAAAAAUGGUUGUGGCAAACAUGGAAGCUGAGCAAAAUAAGGAAAGGGUUUUGCAACUUAUUAAGGAUAAGGAUAAGAUAGAGGCAGAUUUGAGAGCAUUGAGGGAAAUAUUAGAUUCUAAUCAUGUUGGUAUGAACGAUCCUCUUGUGGAUAAUGAUGGAUAUCCUCGGCAAGAUAUAGAUGUAUACCAAGUGAGACAUGCUCGCAAUAGAAUAAUAUAUCUUCAAAAUGAUCACAAAGCAUUAAUGAAAAAAAUAGAAGAGGGGCUUUAUGAAUUUCAUUCGUAUAUGAGAGGACAGACAGACGACUCUAUACCAGCAGCAACAAGCAGCUUGCAAGAAACUAUACUGUUGGAUCCAUUUCUCAGAGUAAAUUUAGUAUUACCUGGUUCACCUGCUGAGAUAGCGGGUAUUCAAAUUGAGGAUUUGAUACUAGAGUUUGGCUCCAUUGAUGCUCAGAAUUUUAAAUCAUUAAAGGAUAUCGCAGAUGUUGUCGAACACAGUCGAUAUAAAUCUGUUAUAGUGAAGAUCAAACGCGGGAUUAACACAACGACCCUGAGUUUAAUUCCACGUCCUUGGAGUGGAAAAGGUCUUCUUGGUUGCAAUGUAGUUCCUGUGGAAAGUGUUGAAAGAUAAAGCAUACAUAUAAAUUUAUACUCUAAUCUGUACCUAACUAUUUUCAUGUUUGCAUUAAUAUAAAAAUAAACAAGAUUUUCUUAAAUGUAUAUAAAACAUAA